AUGUUGAGACUCACUCUCGUCGCUCUAGGGCUCCUUGCAGCUCAGGCCGUAGCACAAUGCACCCGCGAAGACCUCAUUGCUGCUACUGAUAGUCUCCUUGCAGCACAGACUGCGGGAACUCCCGACACGGUAGCUCCUCUGGCCGACACAGUGGUCUACUUGGAAGCAUUUAAGACGGCUGAUAUCAAGACUGGAAUACUGUCUCACGCGCUCAAUAUUGACUUCAACCGUAGUCUCCACGACACCACCCAAUGCGCAACUUACACCGAGAUCGUUGUCACAGACAAGGCGCACCCGUACGUCAUAGGCACGCAACUGCGCUUCGCCGACGGAAAGAUCGCCAAUAUCAGCUCUCUCGUUACUGAUCAGGGCGAUUGGCUUUUCAACGCUACCGGUACCCUCUACUGGGCAUCCCAGGAGAAGUGGGACCCAAUCCCGGAGGACCAGCGCGACAGCCGCGAGGUGAUCCAGGCCGCAGCCGAUGCCUACGCCGACCUCUUCAACGACAAGUGUGAUGUCGGUGUUCCCAAUGGAGUCAAUCUGAGCAACCGUCGUUAUGUCAUUGACGAGACUCUUGGUGCUGUUGACAUCUUCAUCGACUUUGCGACUGUUCCAGACAGCCACGAGUUCCGAGUCGAGAAAGGCAAGCUUCGCUACGUCCAUACCAUAACUGUGAUGGGUGGUUAA